AUGGACAACGGCAAACGUAAGCGCAAAACUAUAACAAUCGAGCAGAAGUUGGCAAUGCUGAAAGCCGUUGAAUCCGGCGUCAAGAAAAAAAAAGUGGCCGAAGAAUUCGGCGUAUCGUUGAGCACGCUGUCGACGAUCUUAAGCAAGAGAGAAGCUAUUACCGGCGCUGUUGCACGUGGCGUCAAAGGCGACCGAAUGAAGCUGCGAGCCCCCGCCUUCGAAGCUGUCGAGAAGGCGGUGUUCAACUGGUUUUUAGAAAUCAGAGCAAGCGGCACUCCUGUGAGCGGGGCACUUCUGCAGCAGAAGGCAAGGAACUUCGCGUGCAUCAUGGGGCACGAUGAUUUUGUGGCGAGUGACGGCUGGCUGCAGCGCUUCAAGGAGCGCCACGACAUCGUCGGCAGGGCUGUCAGCGGGGAAUCGCUAUCUGUGGACCGCGAAGCUGCAGUGGCGUGGAUCGAGAAGAACAUUGGGCAGCUGCUCGAAAAAUACAGCCCCAGGGAUUUGUUCAACGCAGAUGAGACUGCCCUGUUCUAUCAGAUGUUGCCGCAAAAAACCUUGGCCCUCAAAGGUGACCGCUGCCAGGGCGGUAAGCAGAGCAAGGUCCGUGUGACCGUGCUACUUUGUGCGAAUAUGGACGGGUCCGAAAAGGUGCCGGCCCUCGUGAUCGGCAAAAGUGCAUCACCACGAUGCUUCAAAGGAAAGCGGAAACUCCAAGUGAGUUAUGUGUCCAACCGCAAGGCCUGGAUGACAAGAGAGAUCUUCGCACAAUGGCUGCGUGAGUGGGACGAGCGGCUGGGCAAGCAGAACCGCAAGAUAUGCCUCGUCCUGGAUAACUGCGCGGCCCACCACACUACAGUUGUGCUUAAAAACAUUGAACUGUGCUUUUUGCCGCCUAACACUACUGCAGUUGUGCAACCCCUCGAUCAAGGUGUGAUCAUGAACUUUAAGUCGGGCUACCGCAAGCGUGUCAUCGACCGAAUUUUGCUCAAUAUGAGCAUGAAGCGCGAGACAACGAUCGACCUGUACAUGGCGAUCGAGAUGUUACAAGCUGCCUGGAUGGCCGUCACUGCAAGCACGAUCGCCAACUGCUUCCGGCAUGCCUCAUUUGGCGUCAGCAGCGGAGAGCCCAGCGAAGAUCUCGGUGAUGUCGCCAGUGAGGGUGCCGCGGGCGACCAGGCCCAGACGUCGUGGGACGCUCUCCUUGACGCCGGCGUUGUGCCUGACUGCGACACAUUCUGCACGUACAGCGGAAUCUUCAACCCCGAAAACGAUGAUGACAUGGAGGAAAUGAUGAAGAUGUUGGAAUCAUCCGACAUUGAAUGUAGCAGCGAUGAUGAUGGCCCGGACUGGGAGUUACCAGAGCGCCAUGUUGCGGCUGCCGAUGACGAAGAGGAGCAAAGUCAAGAAGACCUUGAUGAUGCUGCUGGCACGAUCGUGCAAACUUCAGCAUGUGCUACACAAAGUGCGCCACCAGGCAAAUAUAUCUGGAAGGAAGAGCCCUUUGAAGAAAAGUCGCUCCCAUCCUUCGAGUACGAUCUCAGUGAGCCGCCGAGCAACGUGCGCACGCCACUUGAAUAUUUUUCUGAAUACUUUGACGACUCUUUCUUCCAAAAUGCCGCUGAGAAGACCAACAUGUACUGCAUGUCGACAACUGGUAAAAUACUGAAAGCAACUCCACAGAAAAUUCGGCAACUUUUUGGCAUGCACAUAAUCAUGGGAUGUAUCCGCCUUCCAAAUAUUCAAUGUAUUGGCACAGGGGCUAUCAAGUCGACCAAGUGA